AUGCUGGCGAAAGCAGAGCCGGGAUACACUCCAGCAAACAUACACGCCAGUCCCGCUAAGUCGCAGCGUGACCCAAAUCCGCCUGCUCACCAUCCUCCCGGGCCGGCAGACAUCUAUGACUUUGACAAAAAACCGGCGUACUCUGCUCUUUCUUACGCAUGGGGCGACGCUCAACAAAAGACGCGCAUAUUCAUCAACGGCAGCCCCAUCGAAGUCAACAAGUCACUCGCCGCCGCUCCGCACCGCAUCCGCGACCCAGGCGAUGUGGUGCGCGUCUGGGCCGACGCCGUGUGCAUCAACCAGCAAGACACGGAGGAGAAGACGCACCAGAUAGGCCUGAUGCAGGACAUCUACCGAGAGUGCGAGCGCUGCCUGGUCUGGAUGGGAGACGUCUCGAUCGACGGCCAGACGGGAGCGGCUGCCGUUGAGGCUGCCCAAGCCGCCUUGGAUGCCCUGAGUCUCAUCGGGGGCGAGCGUAUGUGCAGAGGCGAGACUCUUCGCUGGCCUGGCAGCGACCCAAUCGCCUAUAGCCCCAGCGGCCAAGGGCUCACAGCCGGCGCGGCGUUGAAGUCCUUUAUGCGUUGUGCCUGGUGGCAGCGCAUCUGGACCGUCCAGGAGGUUUGUUUGCCGGCCACAUCGACGCUGCUGUGGGGUCCGCUCGAAAUGGAGUUCAACGCGAUAAUAAAGGCUGCACGCAGUAUGGUGGAGCUUAUCAAGAUAAUCCGGGCUGCGCGCACCAUGGUGGAACCAGAAGAAAACUCACAAGCCAACAAGAUUUUGGACCUCUUCAGCGAUGGCGACAUUGGCCCCUUCACCGUCACGGUAUUCAGCAUCGACCAAGCCAGAAGUUGGACCGAGAACAGGACCGACGCGCUGGACAGGUUAUGGCGCUUCCAACCUCGGCAUGCGUCAAGUCCCAAUGACAAGAAGACAUGA